AGUAGAAGGCCAGUAAUUUUGACGUUUGAUAAUGCACCGUGAAUAGUAAACAAUGGCAGAAGAAGAGCGGUAAAAAGUAAACAAAAGAAACAAUCUUUUGCCUAUGACCAAUUUGAGAUAGUUUUCACUGAUAUCGGAACAUCACUAUAUCUACCGAAGAAAUCGAUUUGUCGGACAGUCGACUUUUAAAAGUAUUAAAAUUGUACCAUUUUUUAUAUUGAAAUAUUUUCGACAUCCCUAUUUUCAAAUUGUUCUGUUUUACCAAUAUAUAAUCACACAUUCUACAAAACUAUUUUUUACCGACUAAGACUUGAAUUAUCAAUACGGCAGUGGUGAAAAGUUCAGAUGGAUUUAUCAAAUAUAUGCCGUGCCUGUUUGUCGCCGGAAGAUCGGGUGCAUCUGCUAGAUUGGUAUCAGCCUGUUGACUCUUUGGAUAUAUCAUACAAAGAGUGUUUUUGUAAAUGUACACAAAUUAAUUUAAAUUUGAAAGAUUAUCCAAAUGAACUCGAUGAUGCCCGGAUGCAAUAUCUAUGCCUUGAUUGUGCCCAAAAACUUAAAGACGUUUAUGAUUUUAUUGAAAAGGCGAGAAGGGCUGAUAAUGAAUUACGUUGCACACAAACGGAAAAAGUGAAGAUAGAAAGUAUAGCCAACACUUUUGAAUGGGUUCCAGUACAUGAAGAGCUAAUGGAAGUAACUAAGAUGCCAGAUACUGUAGAUAUGGAUCACGUAGAGGAUAUAAAAGUAUCACCAGAAUGGAAUGAACAUUUUAUGAAUGAUGAUGAAACAUCUGCAUCAAAUGAUAUCGAACACGAAAUAAAUAUUGAUAAAAAACUUAGUACUGACACUACAACAACAAGAAAGUUUCUAGUUUAAUCGGAUAAGGAUAUGCAGAGCGGCAAUAACUUAAAUGAAGCUGGGCUGGUCUUAUCGAAAAAAGUAAACAACUCAAUCUUGCUCAUACAAAACCUAAAAACGUAAAGAAAACAAACAAAGUAAAAUCCG